UUCAGUAUUUUAUUUCUGCAGUACGCAAUAUAACACGUAAAUUGCGCGCAUAUAUUCAGUAAUACUGCUGCAUGCUGCAUGCAUUCAUAAUGCCACGUGAACAAUAUGGACGUUUUAAUGCAAAUGUAAACGCAAAUGCAUAUAUUUCGGAACAAAUUCGUAAUGAAAUUCAACGUUUCGAAAGUGUUCAUCCAUGUAUUUAUACGGUUUAUGAUUUGAUCGAAUUAAUUCCGGAUCAAUUACUCCAGAAUCAAUUACGUGAUCAAGUGGUUUGCAUUGAAG